UGCAGACGGAAGCGGAAAUUGUAGUUUUUUUUUUGCAGAUCUCUGAAAACAUCUCGAAGAAUAUUUUUCCAGAUCUGUAUGUGCUGGGACCCGAUGUCGUCGUGGAGAGAGAGACUAAAAGAAUGAGCAUCCAGUGAGCCAGUGAGACCAGAUCGCAAGACAGACUCACGUCUUUGACAUCCCCCCCACUAUCCGUUUUUAUUUCAAUAGACACCCCAUUAGGCGUCAUGACGUCCUCCAUGCUACGCCGACAAUUGAAGAACCUUGUUCAAAACUUCUCUGAGGCUGAGGUCAAGGUGAGGGAGGCCACCUCCAACGACCCAUGGGGUCCCUCUAGCUCGCAGAUGGCUGACAUCUCGGACCUCACCUACAAUGUGGUGGCCUGCAAUGAGAUCAUGACCAUGCUGUGGAAACGCCUCAAAGACGAUAAGAACUGGAGGCACAUCUACAAGUCAUUGACUCUGCUGGAGAACCUAUUAAAGACGGGCUCAGACCGCGUUCUGAAUACGAUGAAGGACAACAUCUACAUUGUGAAAGCGCUAACAGAGUUCCGUUUCCAGGACAAGGAUGGGAAAGAUCAGGGGGUGAACGUGAGGGAGAAGGCCAAGGUAGUACUGGUUCUUAUGGAGGACGACGAGAAACUAAAGGAAGAGCGAGAGUUUGCACUCAAGACCAGAGACAAGAUCUCAAAGAACGCCACUGCCUCCUCGGACGACCCCAAGGACCCCAAGGACCCCAACUACAAGCCAGUGUAUGUCCCAGGAGCCACCGGGCUCCCCUCCCUAGCCAACAUCCCGUCUGUGGCUGAUCUUGCCGCCAGCUUUGAGGCCAAGAAGCAAGAAAAACUGAGACGAGAGGCCCAGAAAAAAGAGGAGGAACGAAGGUCAAAGAUGACCAAGGAAGAGCUUGAAUGGGAGGAUGCCGCCAAAGCAGGAAAGCCUAAGGUUGCUGAUGGCUUUGGUGGGGCAGAUGAACCAUCAGAGGACGAUGCAUGGGGCGCAGCAGCCAAAGCACCCACUCCUGAUCCUUGGGGGGGUGCGCCCAAAGCUCCAUCCGAGGAUGCAUGGGGUGCACCAUCUAAUGCUACAACAGAAGAAGCAGAUCCUUUUGCGGCGCCAGCCAGUGCCCCAAUAGAUGGUUCAGAUCCUUUUGCGGCGCCAGCCAGUGCCCCAAUAGAUGGUUCAGAUCCUUUUGCGGCGCCAGCCAAUGCCCCAAUAGAUGGUUCAGAUCCUUUUGCGGCACCAGCCAGUGCCCCAAUAGAUGGUUCAGAUCCUUUUGCGGCGCCAGCCAGUGCCCCAAUAGAUGGUUCAGUUCCUUUUGCGGCUCCAAAAGAUGGUUCCGAUCCAUUUUCGGCACCAUCCAAUGCACCAUCUAAAGUUGAAGCUGAUCCAUUUGGGGCACCAAAAGAUGAUCCAUUUUCAGCACCAUCCAAUACACCAAAAGGUGGUUCUGAUCCGUUUGGGGCACCAAGAGAUGGUUCAGAUCCUUUUGCGGCUCCAAAAGAUGGUUCCGAUCCAUUUUCAUCACCGUCCAAUGCACCAUCUAAAGUUGAAGCUGAUCCGUUUGGGGCACCAAAAGAUGAUCCAUUUUCAGCACCAUCCUAUACACCAAAAGACGGUUCAGAUCCUUUUGGGGGCCCAUUGAAUGUCCCAACGAAGGGUGCUGAUCCUUUUAGUGCACCAUCCAGUCCAAAAACCGAUGCUUCAGACACGUGGGGUGCUCCAUCUAAUCCACUGUCCGAAAAGAAGGCUGAUCCCUGGGGAGACGAGGGGACCACAGCUGCCUCUCCCCCCACAGAUCCAUUUGGCGAUGGCUCGAAGGCUGAUGGUGACGCAUGGGGACCAACAGCAUCGUCUCCGCCCAUCGCCAGUGACCCUUGGGGUGCACCUGCAGCUCCCACCGACACAGCAUCCACAGACGACCCCUGGGGAGAUGGAGGGGCUUCCACCACCACAGACGCUAUAAACUCUGACCCAUGGGGAGCUCCAAGUAAUGGAACAGACAAUGGAGCCACAGAGGACGAAGACAACAAAUCGCCAGCUUCCUUCCAUGGUGCCGGCGCUUCGCUCGUGGACGUGGGCUCAGUCCUUUCCCCCCAAACCCAAACACCCCCCUGCACCAAGUAACAAAGUAAGGACGGGUAAACGAGAGACUGAGAGAGAUAGACAGAGAGAACCAGAGGGUGAAUAUGAGAAGUAUAUUUCUGUUCAUUUAAAGCAGUGUUUGUGAUUCAGUGUUUUCACUAGGCCUUCCUCCCCCCUAUAGUGCAUAACUGUUGUGUGGGUCAGUAUCGGUAGUAGCCAUGCAUAGAUUUUAGAGAUGUAACCUUUUCACUCCUCUCUCUGUUCUAUACUCUCUCUUGGAAUGCUCUGUACUGUAUAUCUGUCCUCCCUCCCUUGCCCCAUUUUCUUUUGCUUUUCCUAAUUUCCUAGGCGUUUUACAAGGCCCAGGCAUGGCUGGCCCUAUGGGCAGAGUCACAUCUAUUGCUGGAGUGUCUCGUACUACAAUCUCCCCAAACUCCAGCCUUUUUGGUUCCACCCACAUAUGUCCUACGGUGUUACCCGCCUUUGGGUCCCACAACCCCUUGCUGGGGCCUCCUUUAACCCAGCUAUCAUCCCAUUCCCUGGGAAUGCCUCAUCCUGGCCUGGCAAUGCCUGAAAUGGGACCUCAGAUGGCAUGCCCCUGUUUUGGAGCUGGGAUGGUACAACCCAAUUGUCUGGGUUGGGUUCCUCAGGCAGGACACGCUGCAGUGGCUCUGCAGUGGAGCUUCCACUCCUCAAAUGGGAGGGUGGUCCCUUUGCAGUGACACAUGAUUUUAGACACCAGAAUGGGAGAUCCUCCCCAACGGAACAACAAUCCUAUACUUUUUUGAAAAGCUACAACCUGUCCAGCUCACCUUCCUCAACCCCAAUAUCUGCAAUGGUUAAUAUAAUGUACAUGUCCAAUGUAAGUGUAUGCAAUAAUAUGUAAGAAAUUAAACAAGACAAAAUAUAAGUAUCUCAAAAUAGUUUUUCCAAGAAAAACAUUCAAUUUUGGUUGAUUCGAUGUUCAUUUCGGUUCUUUCAAGAGUGAGAAGCUGAGAUGGGGCCGUAGGAGUUAGUUCCAUUUAGUCCUUCUGUGAUUUUGUUCUUGUGCUGUGAUUUUUCAAUUAGACUGGUUAUUAUCAAUGCUCACCUUCUCUAUGCUUGACUCAUAAGGCUCUGAGAUAGGUGGAUGGAGGGUUAAGAAGACCCGAUGAAUCAUUACAGUAGUCUACAAUGGAACAUGUACACAGAAAGAACAGGAUGUCAGUAGAGCUGCUAUCAGGAGGUGUGUGUGUGUGUGUGUGUGUGUGAGAGAGAGAGAGUUUUGUGUAGAGGUGAGAUCCUUGAGCAAAAGUAACUUAUUUGUGAUUUUUUUUUAAAAGUACAAUUGUAUCUAUUUAUUAAUUUACUUAUUAGCCUAUUUACUGUAUUUAUUAAUUCAAUUAUUUGUUUGUUUCUUGAACACUUGGCCUCCGACAGAUACUUUCAAAACAAACUAGAGCCAUAUUCAAAUUCAAUCAUCUCACAUUAUUGACAGCAAGCAUCAAAGUGGUCAUUGUCCUGUGGGUUUCUUUAGUUGACCAUUGACUUUAGUUGGAAAAGGUCAUAUCCAAUUGGAUAGAACCCAUAAUCAUAAUCAGCCAAUAACCAAUAGUGGCUUUAUUUCGCUUUUGUCAUUUUAUACACUUAAGUCUACUUAUUUACUUGUGUUUGGGAACAAACAGAUUGUGUACAAAUGAAAGCUGAAUUUGUCAUCUUUUUUUUCCUGUCCUUGCGUAUGUUGUUGAAAACUGUAUCUCAGUCAGUUGAAAGUCUUUUUGUCAAAUAUUUGUAUGACAAGACAACAUCCCAUGCACACGGUAUUGUUAUGUUUAUCUAUUCAGUGAGUUUUCAUCGUAAGGCCUAUGAAUCCUACGGGAUGCUUGUCAUUCUGUGUUUUGCGUUUCCUCUUUGGCCUCAAACAAAACAGUUGAAAUACAACAACACAGUACACAAAAUGUGAAAUGAAAAUGAAUUAAUCUGAAUCGUAGUGCAAAAGGAUUAGUGUUGUUACGAUAAUACAUUUUAUCGUGGCUACUAUUAUCAUUUAAUUCCUAUGAUAUACUUUUUUAUUUAUGUCAAGGCUGUGGUGGAAACUGUGACAGUACACAUUUGAGAAAUAAAGUUAUUCAAUACUUGAGAUCUCAGAUCUGA